ACAAGCCUUUGCUCCUGUCAGUGACGUCACCCAGAGACCCGGCGUCCCUGUCAGCAGUGAGCGGUGUGCGUUUACAACAAAAGACUCAUUUAUUAACCAGUUUGCAGCGUUUUAACGACGGCGCUAUUUGUGCGACGUUACCACAGGUUUGUUUAAGAGCGGAGCGAUAUCUCAAUUUGUAGUUUUUAUCCGAAGUUUGAAGUUUAAAUGGUUAAUUGUGAAUGUCGAAGUCGACUCGGAUGCUAGGUGGCUAACAAGAUGGCUACGUCUAUUUACUGCUGAACAACGAGCGAACUGACUCACAGACUCUAAAGUGUGUUUAGUGUCAAUUAGCCUCACAAUACAAAACCGAAGACACACAUUUCACAAACGCGUUGAGCUUAAGAAGCGGUCUUUAAUCGGUGUCGGUGGACACGCUUGGUUCCAGCGAUGGGACCGCUGCUGCUCUCCGCCAGAGGAAGAGGAAGAGGAAGGAGGUGAUGAUGAUGAUGAUGAUGAUGGUGACAUGCAGCUAGCUGGCUGGCUGACGGACGGGCGGACCACCACACCGGGACCCGGGACGACUAGAGGCCGACAUGCCUCGGAGGAAACAAUCCAACCCGCAGCCGGUGAAAUUGGGGAGAGUUAGCGCGGUGAACGUUUGUGUUCCAGUGGAGUCGGAGGACGGGUCGGUGCUGUGCGACCCGGGCUGCCUGGUCCUGGACAGCGACUUCCUGUUGAGCGGCGAACUGGAGUUUGGAGACGCUGAGAUCAUGGGGCUGGAUCGAGACUCGGGUUUGACCGUGUUCUCGCUGAGUGUUGACGACGAACCUUCAGCACCUACAGGCUCCGCCUUCCCCGCCUUCCUCUCCUGUAAAGGAUGUGGUGGACUCCUGGGGGACCCGGCUCUGGGAGCAGGUCUGGACCUGGGUGUGGGCCUGGACCUGGGGGCGGAGCUCUACUGUCUCACCUGUGAGAAGGGCCUGCAGCGCGAGGCCUCGCCCCAGGCGGAGGGUUCUGCGGAGGCCGACGGGAAGGAGGGCGAGGAGGACGCCCCCCCCAGGGCCUUCUCCUGCUCGCUGUGCGCCUUCACCUCGCGGUACUCCAACCACCUGAAGCGCCACAUGAGGACGCACGACGGCCACAAGCCGCACCGCUGCCCCGCCUGCCCCUACGCCUCGGCCCAGCUCGUCAACCUGCAGCGCCACGCCCGCACCCACACCGGGGAGAAACCCUACCGCUGCCCCCAGUGCAGCUACGCCUGCAGCUCCCUGGGGAACCUGCGCAGACACCAGCGCAUGCACGCGCAGGAGAGGCCGCGGGAGAGGCGGGAGAAGGAGAAGCGCCGGGGGAGGAGGAAAAAAGGAAGCGCUGCGAGCGGAGAAGUGGUGUCAGACCUGACCCUGCGGGUGUCCCAGGACUCGGGGUACUUCCAGACCCUGGGGGGCCUCGGCUCCCCUUCUGCCCCGCUCCCUGUCCUCCUCUUCCCCCUCUGCUGCCGCAUGUGCGGCCUCACCCUGGAGGAAGACGACCUGGAGGGGGACAAGGGGGAGGGGGACGGGGAAACUGGACAGGUGUGUCGUCGCUGCUCGCUGCCCUCCAACGGUGGAUCCGGGUCCCCCUGUGACUUGGCCUCGCCUCGGGGCUCCCGGCGGGGGCGGCGGGGCGCCAAGCUGUACCGCUGCCCCCACUGCCCCUUCCUGUCCCACUACCCCAACCACCUGGCCCGCCACGCCCACACGCACUCCGAGGAGAAACCCCACAGCUGCCCACACUGCCCUUACACCUCGUCGCACCUCGACAACCUGAAGCGCCACCUGCGCGUGCACACGGGAGAGAAACCGUACCAGUGCCCCUCCUGCAGCUACGCGUGCGGGAACCUGGCCAACCUGCGGCGCCACGAGCGCAUCCACUCGGGCGCCAAGCCCUUCCACUGCGGCGUGUGCGGCUACUCCUGCAACCAGAGCAUGAACCUGAAGAGGCACAUGCUGCGGCACACGGGCGAGAAGCCGUACGCCUGCGCCGAGUGCGACUACACCACCGGCCACUGGGACAACUACAAGAGGCACCAGAGGAAGCACGGACAUGACACGGACAGCUGGGACAAACACGCCCCCAUCAACGGCCUCAGCUGGAGCAGAGACGCGCAGGGGGGCGCCAGUGAGGAGCACGGCUAGUGUGUGUGUGUGGUGUGUGUGUGUGUGUGUGUGUGUGAGAACACUGGCACACCUCCAGAUCUGCUUGGCGACAAACUCCGGUGCCUUUGAGGGACUCAAACGACUGUAACGCUGCACAGACUUUAUUCUUUAGAGGCAUUAGUGUGUGUGUGUGUGUGUGUGUGUGUGUGUGUGUGUGUGUG